UCACCUAUCUUGCAUUCUACUUCAUUGUUGUGGAUUCAACUACAUUAUUUCAAUGACUACUCAAAACACUCAUAGUUUUGUCUUCUUUAUGUUAUUAGGUAUAGGGAUAUGUUCAGCCAGAACAAUCCUACAUUAUAGAGAGCCUGCCCAUGCUCCUGCUGUCAGCUAUGGUGCAGGCCAUGUCGUCGGUGGUGGUGGAUCGGAGUAUAGAUUUGGUGGUGCUGCAAGUUAUGGUGGUGUUUGGGGAUAUGGUGGCGUAGGAGGUGCAGGAAGUGGUGGGGAUUAUGGAGCGAUAGGAGAACAUGGUGCUCCUAGCUAUGGAGGUGGUAGUGGUGGUGGAAAAGGCGGUGGCGUUGCCUAUGGAGGUGUUGGUGGACAUGGUGGUGGUGGCAGCAGUGUUGCUUAUGGAGGUAUUGGUGGUGGCGUUGGCGGUAAUGGUGGUGCUGAUGGUGGUGGGGGCGCUGGAUAUGGAGCGAGCGGCGAUAGUCGGGGUACUGGCAGUGGCGGUGGCUCUGGAUAUGCUGGAAAGCAUGGCAGUGGUUACAGAGGUGAAGAAGGUAGUGGUGCCGAUGGCAGUCAUGGUGUUGGUGGCAAACAUGACAAAGGUUAUAAAGGAGGCGGCGGACAUGGUGUUGGUGCCGGAGGAGGCGGCGGACAUGGUGCUGGUGCCGAAGGAGGCUAUGCUGCUGGAGCAGCAAGUGGUGGAAGAGCUGGAAGUGGAGCUAGUGGUGGCUAUACAGGUGGUGUAGGAGAAGGUGGUGCUGGAGGAGGCAGCGAACAUAGUGUUGGUGGCAAACAUGAUGCUGGUGCCAUUAAAGGUGAUAAACAAGGUGGUGGUGCCAGUGGAAAACAUAAUGAAAGUUACGGAGGAGGCGGUGGACACGGUGGUGGUGCCGGAGGAGGUUAUACUACUGGAGGAGCAAGUGGUGGAGCUACUGGAAGAACAAGUGGUAGAGGAGCUGGAGGUGGAGCUAAUGGUGGCUAUGCAAGUGGUGUAAUAGGAGGCGGUGAAGAUGGUGGUGUCGGAGGAGACAGCAAACAUGGUGUUGGUGGAAAACAUGGUGCUAGUGCCAUUGGAGGUAACGAACAUGGUGAUAGUGCCAAUGCCAAACAUGAUGCUAGUGGAAAACAUGGUGCUGGUGGCAAACAUAGUACUAGUGCUAUUGGAGGCAGCAAACAUAAUGGUGGUGCCGAUGGCAAACAUGGUACUAGUGAAAAACAUGGCGAAGGCUAUAGAGGAGGCCACGAACAUGGUGAUGGUGCCGAAGGAAGUUAUACUACUGGAGGAGCAAGUGGUGGAGAAGCUGGAGGUGGAGCUAGUGGUAGUUAUACAGGUGGUACAGGAGGAGGCAGCGGACAUGAUGCUGGUAGUGGUGCUGAUGGCAAACAUGGUGCUGGUGGCAAACAUGGUGUUGGUUCCAUUGGAGGUGGCAAACAUGGUGCUAGUGCCUAUGGUAAACAUGGUGCUGGUGCUGAUGCCAAACAUGGUGCUGGUGUCAUUGGAGGUGGCAAACAAGGUGCUGGUGCUGAUGGCAAACAUGGUGCUGGUGGAAAACAUGGCCAAGGCUAUGGAGGAGGUGGCGGACAUGGUGGUAAUGCCGAAGGAGGUUAUGCUGCUGGAGGAGCAAGUGGUGGAGGAGUUAGAGGUGAAGCUAGUGGUGGCUAUGCAGGUGGUGCAGGGGGAGGAGGAGGUUCCAAUGGUGGCAGCAGCUAUGAAGGAGCUCAUAGAGGUGUAUAUGGAGGACAAGGUGGUGGUGAAGGCGGUGGCCAUGGUGCUGGUGGCAAACAUGGCGAAGGCUAUGGAAGAGGCGGCGGACAUGGUGGUGGUGCUAGAGGAGGAGGCGGACAUGGUGGUAGUGGAAAACAUGGUGCUGGUACCAUUGGAGGUGACAAACAUGGUGGUGGCGCCGAUGGCAAACAUGGUGCUGGUGCCAUUGGAGGCGGCGAACACGGUGGUGUAGUCGGAGGAGGCAGCAGACAUGGUGGUGCAGUCAGAGGAGGUGGUGAACAUGGUGGUGGUGCGGUUGGAAGUUAUGCUGCUGGAAGAGCAAGUGGUGGCUAUGUAGGUGGUGCAAGCGGAGGAGUUUUCAGUGGUGGCAGCGGCUAUGGAGGAGCUUAUAGAGCUGCAUAUUGGGGACGAGGUGGUGAUGAGAGCGGUGAUUAUGCUCCUUGAAAUUACCUUUACUACUUCUUUGUCACCAAAAGCUUCACCUCUUCUUACCUAUAUUAAAUUAUUAUUAGUAUUAAUAAGGGGAAAAAAACUCGGUCAAAAGUCACUUUUGAUCCCUGUAGUUUAGCACUUCAACCACUUUUGACCUUGUAGUUUCAAUUCGUCAAUUUUGUCGUUGUAGUUUCAUAAUUGUAGCAAUUUAAGGACCAUUCUAAUUUCCAUCAAAUUAUUCUAACUUUUGUUAUC